AUGAGUCUCCUUCGCAGCAUCUCUUGCUCAUCCCUUUCGUUUUUCUUGAUCGCACUGGUCAUCACCAGUAGCAGCAGUAGUGCUACUAGCACCGGUAGCAUUUCAGGAACCAGAAGAUAUAAUGCCAUGUUCAGCUUCGGAGAUUCAGUUGCCGAAACCGGCAACAUCUGCAUCGUCAGCAGCAACAACUCGACGGAGCUCGAUGUGCUCACCUGCACGCAUCCGCCGUACGGCAUGACCUACUUCGGCAAGCCGUCUUGCCGGUGGAGCAACGGUCGCGUGGUCGUUGACUUGAUCGCUCAAUCGCUUGGACUCCCACUACUUGCACCAUCGAAAUCCAAAGGCAAAGAUUUCCAAAAGGGUGCAAAUAUGGCCAUCACCGGUGGUACUGCGCUGAACUUCUCCUUCUACCAAUCAAUGGGCGUUGAAGAUCCAGUGUGGAACCAUGGCUCGCUAGACAUGCAAGUCCAGUGGUUCAAGGAGUUGAUUGCUUCCAUAUGCGGGACAAAAGAGAAGUGCACAGGGUUUCUAGCAGAAUCGCUGUUUCAGUUCGGUGGAUUUGGAGGAAACGACUAUAAUAUCCAGCUUCUUGAGCUUGGGCUGACCGUUGAGCAGGCAAUGGAGAACACCCCAUUGAUUGUCGAUGCCAUCGUUAACGGUAUUGAGAGGCUGAUUGCACUUGGUGCUGUUCACAUUGUUGUCCCGGGCAUUCUUCCAACGGGCUGUCUCCCACUCUUCUUGACGUUAUUUUCUCAACCUCAAGCGACAGACUUCGAUCAGCACGGCUGCUUGAAAAGUUUCAACCGUCUGACAGAGUACCACAACUCGAUGCUCCAGAAACAAGUACAAAUACUCCAAGCCAAGCAUAGGUCAACAAGGAUGAUGUACGCAGAUUACUCCUCCCAGGUGUACAAAAUGGUGCAACAGCCUCAAGAGUUUGGAUUCAGAAAUCCUUUGGAAACGUGCUGCGGGGCAGGAGGAGGCAAGUACAACUUCGACGUCGGCGCCAGAUGCGGCAUGCCGGGCGCAACAACAGCUUGCCGCGACCCGUCGGCUCGCCUGAGCUGGGACGGCGUCCACCCGACGGAGGCGGCGAACAAGAUGAUCGCCGACGCCUGGCUCAACGGCCCCUACUGCACCCCGCCUAUUUUAAGCUGA